AUGGCAUCUACCACACAUGAGCACCACAUCUCGCCCCCCAAUCUCUCCUUCGCAGUCAUCCUCCUCCCAGGUUUUCAAUGGCUCGACGCAGCCGGGCCAGUCGACUAUUUAAACGACCACAGCCAAGCGCGACUGCGCGGAAGGGGCGCCGACCCAGCACUUGUCGCAAAGGCGCCCAUUUUGACGUGGUACUACGUCGCGUCCACGCUCGACCCCAUUCCCGCGUCCUCUGGGCCAAAGCAACCACCCACGCACACGUUCGCGACUUGCCCACGUGUCGAUUAUGUCCUCAUGCCUGGAAAUUCACCUAGCACGCCCGUUCCGCCCGAGUUCACAGAGUUCGUGCAGACGCGAUUCGCAGACCCCAAAGUCAGGUUUUUGACAGUAUGCACGGGGAGCAUUCUCCUAGCUCGCACAGGCAUCCUGAACCACCUCCGCGUAGCAUCCAACAAGAAGGCGUUGAAACACCUCGCGCAGUCUGGACAGCUGGACCAUAACGUACACUGGGUGGGUGACAGGCGAUGGGUGAAGGAUGGGAAGGUUUGGAGCGCGGCUGGCAUAACGAGUGGUAUCGAUCUAGCUGCUGAGUUUGCAAGGGUUUAUUUUGAUAAAGAUGUUGUUGAGGAGGAAAAGGAGGUUGCGGAGGAGGUGCCCAAGCCUGAUACGCCAGAUCCGUAUGCGUGGAUUUUGAAGGGGAUUGAUUUGGGGUAUGGGGACCAGCAUCCUCAUACAAAGUAG